AUGGCGACACCUCAUCCAGAGAAUCCAAUACCGCCGGCUGGAACCCUCAAGCGAGUUCAUGAUAUGCUUGACAAAGACUGGGCCAAACUAGCGCCAUCCACGAAGAGGAUCAAGACCUUAGUCCACGAUAAAGAACGAGCACCCCUUAUUGUCCAAGCACUAUCGCGUGGAAAAGAUCGCCUUGCUUCCACUCCUUACGCCUACGAUAUACGCGUCGCCUGGGAAACCUGGAAGAGCUACGCGGAGUCUCUUUCUCCCAAAAUCUACCUUGAGGGACUGAAGAGGAAACGCAUCUUUUCCAAGUCCAACUACAACAGAGAAGUACGUCGUUCUGUAUGUCAUGGACUUCUCGAGAAGAUUACAGCGCGAGAGAUUCGGGACCAGAUAUACGGAUAUCUUGUUGAACCGGGUACCGUUAGGCUGGUUGGGAUUGUAGAUCACGACCACCUUCACUACAACGACUAUGGCCAAGGCAGUACAUACGUGGGUAAACGCGGAAGAGCCUGUUUGUCUAUACAAAACCGUGAACGUUGGACAUUCGAUUUGCAAUGUUCGCGGUUGGAUCUAUCGGACAUCUGGCUGUGCGAGCGUGUCGGCCACAAUUUCUUGGUUGAACUUGUGGAGCACUGGUACAGAGUCAAUACCUUCGCCAUCUGGGAACCGGAUGACUUAUCUCUCGUCGCCGAUCUCGCUACCCAAGAUCGCUGGCAGCUGGGCAUUGUGCCACGCGACCAUAUCAGGAAUGUUCAAUUCAAGAUGUCCAUGGCUUUCGUCGAGCGAGAUCGCCAUGGUGUACCGCCAUGGCAACUGCCACUGCUGCGCCACCGAUUGGAACAGUUACUGCAGUUCAAUCGGGGUACCACGAUUAGACUCGGGAUUAUCAGCAGCCGAACAACUAGAAGCAGGUCCCGCCGGAGCGCAUUUUCACACGGCAUUAUGGAGGUGGCCUUGUGGGCACGAGAUAAACGCAUUCUUUGGGAGCGCGGCGUACCCGAGAAAUUGGAGUUUGUUAAGGAUCUGGAGAGCGGACUCUUCGACACAUUCAAGAAGCUAUGUGCAGCUGGGCUCCGUUUGGUGUUCAAGGUGGAUGAUGGUUUGGAGUUCUCCGUCAAUAAAGAGGAAGAGAUCACCUAUGAUUUGUGGGUGGAGAAGAUACUGGCUUAUCAACCGGCGAGGAGACAGCGCCACUACUUCGAUUGGAGAAUACAAACGGACUAA